UUGGACACGAAGCCCAAAUUAUGUAAACUACACUGAAAUGAGAAAUCGCUAAUCGAAUUCGAUAUCCGCCGAUUCUUCUUCCUCGCCAAAAAAUCAAAAUCCAAUCAAUCCAUCGACAUUGGACACUCUUCUUCUACUAAAACAAAAUCCAAAUUCUUAUCUUCAUCCACAACACAUAAUCCAAGAAAAACCAGUAAUUUCUCACCCCAAAUUCGCAAUAGAAUUUGUAUACCCAAAAAGAUGUCGGUGAAAGGAGCUGCCCUGCAGAAAGAUGUUCCGUGGAGGGCGUCGACGGCUGCAAAACCUAUUCCUAAAAUUCACCACUCUCCCAUUCUCCGCCUCUCUCACAAUCCUUAUUCUGAAUUUGCCCUUUCUGUUAUGAAGCAUGAUGAUCCAAUUGGGAGUGGCCUAGGGAAAGAGGCUGUGGUUGAAGCUGCAGGGCCGGACUGCAUUGUGCCUGGCCAAACUGUACCCAUCAAGUUACUUGGUCUCAAGGUAUGGCCGAUAGAAGUGGACUUGAAGUUUAUGGAACCAGUUGGGCGGGAACUCAAAUCAAUUGGCAAAUUCAUGGAUUCAGCCGUCGAUCUAAUGAACAAGUCGUUUAUUGAUCGCUAGCGAAAUUAUCAUGCGGAGGAGGGAAGCCAAUAUGUUUUUUUUAUCUAAUAAUCCGAAUGUGUUACAUUUUUGGUGUGGAAACCUGUACAUUCAAGAGUUGAAUCAAAUGAGCAAUACCAUUCAAGUGAUGUGUUAAUUAAGCAUUUUAGAUUGUUAA